AUGGAUUGCAGAAUUGCAGAUUCUGCCUUUCUCUUCAUGAAUCCCCAACCAAGGCCAAUUCGUUGUCGGAGUACUCUAACCCAUUGCUCUCCAGGAAUCCAUCGCCUAACAUGGGAUAGGCUUAUUAAGAAGGGAGAGAAACAGAAACAAUUUUUGCUUCACGUGAAAAGGAUUAAACCUGUACAAGCAGUAGCUUUUCCAGUUGCACCAUCUUCAGACAGUGCUCAGUACAGAAAACAGUUAGCUGAAAGUUAUGGCUUCAGGCAAAUUGGAGAACCGCUUCCAGAAAAUAUUACUUUAAGGGAAAUCAUUGAUACUCUGCCGAAAAAGGUGUUUGAGAUUGACGAUGUGAAAGCAUGGAAGUCAGUUUUGGUAUCAGUCACUUCAUACGCGCUAGGGCUCCUUAUGAUUUCAAAGGCACCUUGGUACCUACUUCCUCUUGCUUGGGCCUGGACAGGGACUGCAAUAACUGGGUUUUUUGUUAUAGGCCACGACUGCGCUCACAAGUCAUUUUCAAGGAACAAAUUAGUGGAAGAUGUUGUUGGAACUCUGGCCUUUCUGCCACUAAUAUAUCCAUAUGAGCCAUGGAGGUUUAAGCAUGAUAGGCAUCACGCAAAAACAAACAUGUUGGCUGAGGAUACUGCUUGGCAUCCUGUUUUGAAAGAGGAAUUUGAUUCGUCUCCCAUUUUCCGCAAGGCAAUUAUAUAUGGAUAUGGCCUAGUUCGACCUUGGAUGUCUAUAGCUCACUGGUUGAUCUGGCACUUUGACAUAAAAAAGUUCAGACCCAAUGAAGUUAAAAGGGUGAAGAUAAGUUUGGCAUGUGUGUUUGCUUUUAUGGCAGUUGGAUGGCCAUUGAUUAUCUAUAAAACAGGGAUCAUGGGAUGGAUCAAGUUCUGGUUAAUGCCAUGGUUGGGCUAUCACUUUUGGAUGAGUACUUUCACAAUGGUGCAUCAUACGGCUCCUCACAUUCCUUUUAAAUCUUCGGAUGAGUGGAAUAUGGCUCAGGCCCAGCUUAACGGAACAGUUCAUUGUGACUACCCUCGUUGGAUCGAGAUCCUCUGUCAUGAUAUCAAUGUUCACAUCCCCCACCAUGUUUCUUCAAAAAUACCAAGUUAUAAUCUAAGGGCGGCUCAUAAAUCCAUUCAAGAGAAUUGGGGAAAGUAUAUAAAUGAGGCUACAUGGAAUUGGCGUUUAAUGAAGACGAUAAUGACAAUAUGCCAUGUUUAUGACAAGGAGCAAAAUUACAUAGCUUUCGACAAGAUUGCCCCUGAAGAAUCUCAACCAAUUGAAUUCCUGAAAAGAGUGAUGCCUGAUUAUGCUUGA